UCCCGCCAUGUCAAAUGCAUGCAGUCUGUACGUGAUGCGUGAUGUCUAGAAUAUUAUGAAAAGGUGACCUCUUAAUCUCUUAUCAAUCAAACACCUGGUUACUUACCAUUUAGUGGGUCGGAGAGCCUAGCUAAAGGGUGUCUCUUCUUAAGACAAACUUCAUUGAUUGAACGUAGACCGUCAGAGACUAGUAAAAACUUGAAAGAGAGUUGGACAUAAUUUGCAGAAUAAUUAACUCUUCCACAAAGCACCUACUUGGCGACCAAGUAACAAGUUCAUAAACAGUAUGGCAGAUUUCAUAAAGAUUGAAGAUGAUUACAACGGAUAUGAUCUGAAAAUGUUCUGCGUCCCUCGUCAUUAUGAACAAGACUUAGAAUCAAUCUUAAUCCCAUAUGGGGUGAUCUCAGACAGGACAGAGAGGUUAGCCAGAGACAUUGUAAACGACAUGGGGCAAGACGCGCUUGUGGUUCUGUGUGUGCUCAAAGGCGGCUAUAAAUUCUGCUCGGACCUUUUAGACUACAUCAAGGCAUUGAAUAGAAAUUCUGAACGAUCUGUCCAGCUCCGGGUGGACUUUAUCAGACUGAAGAGCUACGAGAAUGACAAAUCAACAGGAGAAAUCAAAGUAGUUGGAAGUGACAACCUCUCAGAUCUUAAAGGCAAAGAUGUUCUCAUUGUAGAGGAUAUUGUUGAUACUGGUAAUACCAUGAAGAGGCUGCUAAAGCUGAUUGCUGAACAUAACCCAUCGAGUGUUAAAGUUGCCAGCCUCCUAGUCAAGAGGACACCCAGGAGUGUGGGUUACCGUCCGGAUUACAUUGGUUUUGAAGUUCCAGACAAGUUUGUGGUCGGUUAUGCUUUAGAUUACAAUGAGUACUUCAGAGAUCUCAGUCACAUCUGUAUUAUCAAUGACAACGGCAAGAAGAAGUACGCCAUUUGAGACUGUACCAGUGUGACCUCUUAACUGUAAGGCUAAUCAGAGAGUAUUCUAGUGUUCAACUGUCCCUGUAAGGGUCCAAAUAAUCUUCAACUAAAAUCAAUUUAGUAUUAUGUAUAAAAAGUAAUCUUCUUUUCAGCUCAGAGCAUAAGAGAUUUUAAAAUUUUAGUACAAGAAAUUCACAAGCAUCAGGGAAUGUAAUUCUAAGAAAUCAAAAUAAUUUGAAUUUUUUGUUAAUGAUUUUUUUCCCUUACCUAUGAUGUUGGGGCGUGAUACUGAAAGAAAUUGCGCAGAACAUUGCUAUGAGAAAGGGAAUAUGGCAUAGACCUCAGAUUUUUUAGUGCAUAAUUGUACGGGUAAGCAAGAAUGAUAUAGUAGCUAAGCAGUAUUUGAGCGGUGCAUUAAGCACACUUUGGCUAACCCUGGCCGGAUUCUUACUAGCUUAAUAUGGAUUACGUAAUAUAUACUGUUUUUGACUGGUUUCUGGCUAGAUUGUGCUCAGCAGAUCCAACUUGCUAAGCAAAUAAAUAACCAUUGCCUCUGGCUACGCUCAAUGAGAACCACUGAAGCCAUAAACCGUAAUAACACAGUGUCUUUAUCAACGAAUUUGGCUUCAGACAGUCAUAAACAACAGGACAAUUCAUACAAAAGGGUUUAUUGUUUAAAAUGGAUCUAUUUGUAUCACCUGAAAUAAUGUUUUGUGUUGACAUUUCAGCAAGAGUACCUGUUUUAGUAUUAGUACAUGUACGUGUACAAGUAAUUUGCAAUCAGUUUGAGUAAACUGUUUUAGUAAGUCAAGUACUUUUCAGUCGGUUAAGUAUGAGUACUUUUCACUGGGUACAAGUACCCUUUUAAGGCAAUACGAGUUCAUUUCAGUCAGUCGGUCCGACUUUCUGUUUUAGUAAGUUCAAGUACUUUUAAUUUGGUACAAGCACUUUUCACUCUGUACGAGUCAGUCAAUAUUACAUUUUCAGGCCAGCCGGAUGGAUAGAUUGAUUCCAUGCCUACAAUAGCGGCUCUGAACAAAACCAGUUGAAAAAACCCAGAAGAAAAACAAGUUGCAUUUUGUCACACAGCACACCAAUGGUUCGAAAGAAAGAGCAACACAAGAAGAAUGACAAUGUUUGUUGACUUCCAUAACAUUUAUGGACCAAACUCUUUGUUCGUAUUUAUAAUAUCCGGUGUGGCAGGGGAUACCCAACCCCAGUGUAUCUGUCUCUCCAUGCCCCCAUACGAUAAAUUAACAUGGGCUGGAUGAAUUUGAGCCAUGAGGGCGCUAUCACACAAAAUGUCGACCAUCGCCUCCUGCCACACCGACAUACAAUUGACAACAUGUUUUAAUGUUAUAAACAAUGAUGUUUUGACUUUCAUAAAAGAGUAUCAUAUUUCUGAUCAAUUAUUUGUAUAACAUUGUCCAAAACCUAAGAGAAAUCAACAUGAAAAACAAAGAUUGUUAAAAUAACAAUUUGUUAAACAAAAAUAAAAAAAAUUGUGUUAUUUUAAUUUAUAACACCAUCUGAUGGUAAUUUUGAUUCUCUCUUCGAUAAAAACACCCAUGGUGUCAAUUUUAACAUCCAGGUUUUUGCAAUGAACUUUAUCUUUGAAUUUGUUUUCCCUUUCUUUAAAAGGCACUGGACAUGUUUGGUAAUUGUCAAAGACUAUAGCAUUCUCAUU